GGGGAGUGAAGGCAGCUUGGGGUCGUGGAAGCGCGUGACGUAGGGGCAUACAGAGGCUAGGCCCUGGACAGUUGAGUCUCUCUCGGUGUGCUUCAGGAGGCAGUUAUGUCUGUCCUGUACCCAUCUCUGGAGGAUCUGAAGGUUGGCCAAGUCAUCCAGGCCCAGGCCAGAGCCUCACCCACGAUGCCAACUCUACCAGCCCCGAUGGCUUCUGCACCCCCACUUUCAGAGUUGUAUCCAAACCUGGCAGAACUGGAAAGUUAUAUGGGACUGUCCCUCUCUAGCCAAGAAGUUCAGAAGAACUUGCCUCAGAUUCCAGAUGGUGACAAUGCGGUGGUCACUAGCCCUGGACCUGGCCAGGUGGUAGCGCCAGUAUCUGGGAACAACCUGGGCAUACUGCGUGCAGAGAUCAAGCCUGGCGUGCGAGAGAUCCACCUGUGCAAGGAUGAACGUGGCAAGACUGGACUGCGCCUGCAGGCUGUUGACAAGGGGCUCUUUGUGCAGCUGGUCCAGGCCAACACCCCUGCAUCCCUUGUGGGGUUGCGCUUUGGGGACCAGAUCCUGCAGAUUGAUGGCUGUGACUGUGCUGGGUGGAACACACACAAAGCUCACAAGGCACUGAAGAAGGCAUCAGCGGAGAAGAUUGUCAUGGUUGUUCGGGACAGGCCAUUCCAGAGGACUGUCACCAUGCACAAAGACAGCUCAGGACAAGUUGGCUUUUCCAUCAAAAAGGGGAAGAUCGUGUCUGUGGUAAAGGGAAGCUCCGCCGCCCGCAAUGGCCUUCUAACCAACCACUAUGUGUGUGAGGUGAACGGACAGAACGUCAUUGGGCUAAAGGACAAAAAGGUUACUGAGAUUCUGACCUCAGCUGGAAAUGUCAUCACACUGACCAUCAUUCCCACUGUGAUCUACGAGCAUAUGAUCAAAAAGUUGUCCCCGUUGCUGCUUCACCACACCAUGGACCACUCCAUUCCAGACACCUGAAGUUCCAGGAGGGCAGCGCAGGCUUCCCGCCCUCCUGCAGAGAAGACAGCAGUCCUCAGAUGACAGGCUGCAGCUGGCCUGCUGCCUAGGUCUGGGGACUGCAGAUGUGUCCCAGACUUUGCCUCAUGUAGGAGGUCAGCCGCUUGAUUCAACAGAGGAGGCCUUGUGUGCUGUCUUCGUUGAUCUCUGCCGCAGGUUAUGUAUGCAUAGAUUAAUGGUAACCCU